AAUCAUGAUGGAGUUGAUAAAGUACAGUCACGAGCUCCCUGUAAUCCCGUCUCCAUCGCAGCGCUGCCCGCAGGGAGAGUUGCGCGUUCCCGCAGCGCCAGAGCUCGCGUGCCGUUCAACACGCGGGUCACGCAGGGCCGGACAGGGCGAGCGAGCGGUCAACAACAGGACCACUACACGGCAAGAACAGAUGACCACCAGCUCCUAAAGGUGAGGGGAGAAACAUAAUAAUAAAACUGCUGGAUGUUUUUUAGGGGAGCUUCAUCACACGGAUGAGUAGCCGCGCGCGAGUAAAACAGGCCUUUGAGUGAGGAGAAACAAUGACAGAGGGCGUGGAGGUUCAUCAGCCCCAACCGAACACUACUGUAACCCGAAGCAGAGCAUCUUCUCUGCAGGCCUUUGAGAACGCGGACACGGCCAGCUGCAAGUCUGAGGAGCCGGACCAAGAAGAAGAAGAAGAGCAGUCCUCCUCCACCCUUCCAGAGGAGCGGCACUGUUCAACUGGAGGCCAAGCAAAUGCACAGCUGGCUCCUGAUGGAGGCUGGGGUUGGGUGGUCGUUGCUGCCACAAUUCUGGUCUUAGCCAUGACUCUGGCUUUCCCGUCCUGCAUCGGGAUAUUUUACACAGAGCUGCAGAGCGACUUCCAGGCAAGCAACACCGAGACGUCAUGGGUGCCGGCCAUCAUGAUGGCAGUGCUGCACGCAUGCGGCCCCAUAUGUAGUGUUCUAGUGGAGCGCUGUGGUUGCCGUGCAACUAUAAUUAUUGGCGGGAUCCUUAGCGGACUGGGAAUGGCAGCCAGCUCAUUUGCACAGACAAUGGUAGAGCUGUAUAUCACCGCUGGCAUUAUCACAGGAAUGGGAUUCUCUUUGUGUUUCCAGCCAUCGAUCACCAUGGUGGGCCACUACUUUGUGCGUCGCAGGGCGUUCGCCAAUGCCUUGUCUUCCACUGGCACCGCACUGGGUCUCAGCAUCCUUCCAUUGCUGGCUAACUAUCUGCUCAGAAACUUUGGUUGGCGGGGUAGUUUUCUGGUACUCGGAGGGGUUCUGUUGAACUGUUGUGUUUGUGGCGCAGUGAUGCGCCCCCUUGCAGCCAAACCAAAAACGGAAACCAGAACCAAAGAGACGGACAAUCACCACCUCAAAACCAACUGCCUUUCUGUUCAUCAGGGCCUAAAAGGUCGUCUGCGGGCAACUCUCUCCACAAUUAUGACUUUCCUGCGCCGGCACAUGGCUUUCGACCUGCUGUGCAGUAACCCAUACUUCUGUGCCUAUGCUCUUGGGGUGUCCUGGAUGAUGCUGGGUUUCGUGGUGCCUCUAGUUUAUCUGGUUCCUUAUGCCACUGCAUACGGUAUGGAACAAGACCAAGCAGCUCUCCUGAUGGCCAUUUUGGGAUUGAUCAACAUCAUAGUUCGACCAGCAACAGCGAUCGUUUUUGGGCUCCCUCGUUUCAGAGGAAGCCAUAAUUUCGCCUACCUCUUUGCAAUAGCCGUGGUAAUCAAUGGGUUGAGCAACUGUGUCUGUGGGAUUGGGACAAGCUUCCUAGUUCUGCUGGUGUAUGUCAUAUUGUUUGGCUUUUCCAUGAGCCUUGUUGGCUCUUUGUUGUUCACUGUACUGAUGGACACUGUGGAAAUGAGCCGCUUCCCAUCUGCCCUGGGCCUCAUCAGCAUUAUGGAGAGCAUCAUGCUACUGCUUGGACCACCAUUAGCAGGAAUCCUGGUGGACAGCACUGGCCAAUACAUCUAUGUGUUCUUCGCCUGCAGCGUAACAGGCUCCACGGCUGGUCUCUUCAUCAUGCUGUCCUUCUACUGGCUGGACAGACGAAGAGACCGAGAGCAGGUCAAGAGUUCUUCAGCUCAUCAAGAUCCUCAUUCCCUGAAGCCAAGCCUUAAAAUGACCAUAGACUGUGAAUACAGUCCAGUGCCUUUACACAGUAAGAACAGCAGAGAUACAGAGACUGAUGUGUGAUUGUCCUGCCAAAACACAACAUGUUGUAACUAAUGCAUUCAUUUGACUUCAUCAAUCCUUUUCUUACUGGCGAUGAGUCAAAUUUAGAUUUUGUAGGCUACACAAAGUUAGGGUGUGUGAUAUUUAAUAUCUACAGUAAUUUCAAUUGCCCACCGCACCCCCCCACCCCCCUCCCCCCCACUCAAAAGCAAAUAAGCCAAUUGCAUUUGAAUAUCAGUUCCACAGGACUCAGUAUUAGGAUAUAGUUUUUAGCGGCUUUGAGAAAUAUUGGAAGAUUUUGGUUCGAUGGUGUACGUUACCAGAAAUUAAAACAAUGGGGGUUGCUUGAUCCUGAGAGGACUAUUUAAUUAUACUUGAGAAUGUGGCAAAAUCUUAAAAUGUGGUAAAAAUCAGCACUGGUCAGUGCUUUUGAAAACACUAUUGGUUGGGUUUAGGAAAGGAGG